GGACGGCGAAGGGCACCUCUUUCCUGGCCUGCGGGUGCGCGGAGGCCGAAGAGGAGGAGAUGGAGGGGGAAAGGGGCGCUGAGCCCAGGGCGAGGAGAGGGGGCGCCGGCGGGAGGGAGGAGGAUAAGAAACGGGAGGGGAAAGGAAGGUGGAGGGGAGCGGGAGGGGAGGAGGCGGGAGGAGGCGAAGGGGCUGGAGAGGAGGACAAGGAGGAGGCUGGAAGGGGAAGCUGGAGAGGCGGUGCCCCACCCGCCCUUUCAAGUCUCCGCGCCCCCGGCCCCCGGCGGCGGCCCGGGAGGCGGUGGCGCGGCGUCGCCGCCCCGACUCCUCCCCCGGCCCCUCCCCCGGCCCGCGGCACGGCCGCCCCGCCGGCGGCGCUCGGGAAAUAUGAAGAGACGCUGCAGCUGCGGCGGCGGUGGCGGCCACUGCAGCUCCGAGCGGCGCGCGGCGGCAGAGGCGGCGGCGGCGGCCGGGACGGGACGCGGACGGCACGGGAGCCUGAAGGCCGGGAGCGCGGACAGGGCCGGGCCGGGCGCGCGGGGCCCGACGGCGCCCAGGGAGCGCGCGCCCCGCAGCCCCCGCGCCGCGCCCCUGGGGCAUGGGGCGCGCCGCGGCCGCCUGACGCGCGGGGCCUGGGCCGGCCGCCCGUGUCCCCGCGCCGCCGCGCUCGCCUCGCCGGGCGCCGCCGCCUCGUCGCGUCCUCCGGGCUGGAGGCGGGGGGACAGAGCGCGCGCGGCGCCGCGGCCGUUCCCGGGGAGCGGCGUCCCUGGCCGGCGGGCGGCUCGCGCGGUCCCGGAGGAGGACUGGAGAUGUCCGGUCUGUGCCGCCUCCUGCUCGCGUACCUGUUCCCGGCCCUCCUGCUUCACGGGCUGGGAGAGGGUUCUGCCCUCCUUCAUCCUGACAGCAGAUCCCAUCCCAGAUCCUUAGAGAAAAGUGCCUGGAGGGCUUUCAAGGAAUCACAGUGCCAUCACAUGCUCAAACAUCUCCACAAUGGCGCCAGGAUCACUGUGCAGAUGCCACCAGCGAUCGAGGGCCACUGGGUGUCCACUGGCUGUGAAGUGAGGUCGGGCCCAGAGUUCAUCACAAGGUCCUACAGAUUCUACCACAACAACACCUUCAAGGCCUACCAGUUCUAUUAUGGCGGCAACAGGUGCACGAGCCCCACCUACACCCUCGUCAUCCGGGGCAAGGUCCGCCUGCGCCAGGCCUCCUGGAUCAUCCGCGGGGGCACUGAGGCUGACUACCAGCUGCACAAUGUGCAGGUCGUCUGCCACACGGAGGCCGUCGCCGAGAGGCUCAGCCAGCUGGUGAACCGCACGUGCCCCGGCUUCGUGCCCGCCGGGGGCCCCUGGGUGCAGGACGUGCCCUACGACCUGUGGCGAGAAGAGAAUGGCUGCGAGUGCACCAAGGCCGUGAACUUCGCCAUGCACGAGCUGCAGCUCAUCCGCGUGGAGAAGCAGUACCUCCAGCACAACCUGGACCGCCUGGUGGAGGAGCUCUUCCUCGGGGACAUCCACACCGACGCCUCGCAGAGGAUGUUCUAUCGGCCGUCCAGUUACCAGCCCCCGCUGCAGAAUGCCAAGAACCACGACCACGCCUGCAUAGCCUGCCGCAUCAUCCACCGGUCAGAUGAGCACCGCCCGCCGCUCCUGCCCCCCAAGGCUGACCUGACUGUCGGGCUGCACGGCGAGUGGGUGAGCCAGCGCUGCGAGGUGCGGCCCGAGGUCCUCUUCCUCACGCGCCACUUCAUCUUCCAUGACAACAAUAACACCUGGGAAGGGCAUUACUACCACUACUCCGACCCCGUCUGCAAGCACCCCACCUUCACCAUCUACGCCAAGGGCCGCUACAGCCGGGGCGUGCACUCCUCCAGGGUCAUGGGAGGAACUGAGUUUGUGUUCAAAGUGAACCACAUGAAGGUCACCCCCAUGGAUGCGGCCACAGCCUCGCUCCUCAACGUCUUCAAUGGGAACGAGUGUGGGGCCGAGGGCUCCUGGCAGGUGGGCGUCCAGCAGGACGUGACCCACACCAACGGCUGUGUGGCGCUGGGGAUCAAGCUACCUCACACCGAAUACGAGAUCUUCAAAAUGGAGCAGGAUGCCCGCGGCCGCUAUCUGCUGUUCAACGGCCAGAGGCCCAGCGACGGGUCCAGUCCGGACAGGCCUGAGAAGAGGGCCACCUCCUAUCAGAUGCCCUUAGUCCAGUGUGCGUCUUCUGCGCCCAGAGCCGAGGACUUCUCCGAGGACCACCGGGGUCACCAGUAUGGGAGCCGGGCGCCAGGGAGGAGCGCUCGUCCCCUGCUCCUGGCCACGCUUGCUGGCCUUUUGACUCUCCUGCAGUGGCACGUCCUCAGAUAGAAGUUGUUAAAAAGCUAUAUGUUUUUCCACACCAGGAUUCCUUACAACUUACAGGUUUUCUUUACAAAAAGGAAGGACACUUCUUGUGAUGCACUUGAAUGGCCGAGAACUGUGGCUCCUUUUCUGCUGUCCGGCCCCCUCCCUCCCGGCCUGAGUCCUGAGCAGCGCUGUUUGAAGUUCCUGCUUUGAACUCCGUCCAUGGGAUCCCAGGCCUGAGUGCCUUCUCAAGAGUAAUUGCACUUUAAGACCGCAGAGAGUGUCGAGCUAGUGUGUGUGGUAGAGGGGGCAGGGUGACAGCUAAGUCCUCUUCUUUUCUUCCCUGUAAUUAUUAUUAAAUUUCCGAGUUAAACUUAAAUGGAUAUCAAGCUAUGGCGUAUUUUUGCCACUAUACCGCAGUCGCUUCCUGUCCUCCCUCAAAACUGCUUUAUGACCUGGGAAUCCAGUGUGGAGUUGGUUUGGAACUGCAAUCAAGACACCUUUCAUUAAUAAAGAAGAGACUUGGGUGUAGAUAUGUACAUAGGGAAAGACACAGGGUUUAGCUUAACCACCUCGACAGCCUUUAUGCAAAACAAAAGGAGGGAAUCCACGCUGUCAGAUGUUGAGUGCAAAAGUAUCUGUAAUUAAAGUUUCAACAUAAUUUAAAGUAUCAUUGUUUUAACUGGUGGGGAAAGGAGACUCGGUCUCUGGGUGGCUGCAGGACGCACACUGCUUUAUUCCUGCUCCGUUGACGAGGGCGGUUGAGCAAAUAUCAAAAGCAGUACAGACAGGAGCAGUGACCUCCGGGAUGGUCACAGUGUGUUAAAUGCCACCUUACUGAUAGAAAGUGCCUGUUCCUUCCACAGUUGCCUCUUCGUGGGACCGUCGUCCUGGCUCAUGGUGUUUCUGGUGAGGGGCGACCAGACGUCUUCACUCUGCCGUCUCUGCUAACUUCAAAGAUGACUGUUCAGAGACCACGCUUUGCUGUUAAGGGGCCUGGCCGUUCAGAGAGUGCAGUGAAGGCACCCUCACGGGGGCGCUGCACUAGACCCUCGACUCGUGUGAAACCCAGGCUCUGGGUAAAGCCGCUUUCUCAUCGGACAUGCCAGCUUGACUCGAUUUCUGUCCUGCUGUUGCCUUGGCCGUGUGGCAGAGAGUCUCAGGGUCACCUUCUACAGAAUCUGUGAGCGUCUUCCUCACAGGCACUGGGAGGGCGCCUGAGUCACGUCUGCCCAUUACUUUGGAUUAUUACAAACGGUGCUGUCUGCACACCAAGUGCUAUGAUGGAGGGAAAUAGCAAGUCACUGAAAGCCUGGAUGCAACCGGAAGUGAGCAUCAAACCAUGCUCAAGGUCAAGAGUCGUACUUGUAUUUAAAAAUUAACUUUGUGAAAUGCUGUAGCAUUCAGGAUGGUGAUAAGCUAAAUGGAUAGCAUGGAGCACCAAAGUGCUUUAUCUUUAGAAUAUAUUUUAAGUUGUGGUGCAUACUGAGGGGGUUUAUUCAAAUGAAAAUACUAACUUAAAUGUCUGCCAAGUUUCAUAAACAAAGAUGUCAACGAUACUCCCACAGAAUACAUUUUGCCUGUGGAUCUAUUUAAUACUAAUGCUAUCUUUAAAGGAUAUAAUAAAAUUAUGUGGAAAACUA